GGGGUAGCACGCUGUUGCAGGGAGUCAGCGUAAUCAGUUUUCUUUAUUGUGGCAUUUUGAAAAGAGAGCUAUACUUACUUUACUGUUGUAGCUUGUUGACGUGGUAGCUGAGCUGGCUACGCGCUGUUCACCGCACUUCCUAUUGUUGGAGGAUGUACUCUUUAAUGUUGUCGCGUUUUACACGGAAGUUAAUCUGAAGUGGCUAAAGCGCUUCGCAGUCGCCUUGACAUUUCUUCGUGUGCACUAUUUCUUUGUGUGAAUUCACACAUUUCUUUGCGUGAAUUUCGUGCUUUCUUGUGCGACGCGCUUUGUUUGGCGUGCGUUGGACCACAUAACAAUUUUUAAGUGGACGGUGCGGAACAAAUCGUGGACAUACAGGUCUUCCGAUAAUGACUAGGUACGUUGUGUGAAACGUCGGGACAGUCCCGCUAUAUCCGAGAUGGUUAGAGACUCUGCCCUCCCGUUGUUGGACACUAUGGUGAGUAGCCAGCCGAGCUAUAUUGUCAGCGCGUGACCAGUGCAUGCACUAAUCCGCAUCAUUUCAUCUUGCAGUUGGACUAAACGUAUUUCCAUUGUGUUAUCAACGUCUGCUACAGCGUUUCGAUGGCACUGACACACGCUUGACAGGAAUGCCGCUUGUGCAAGCGGGACAUCUAUGGUGCAUGUCCUAAUUUGCAUCAUUUUUAUCUUGCAGAGCUUAUUGAUAUGAAUUAGCCGAGGUAAUAUGAACCUCGACCUCUCCACAGUGAAGCAGUUAGAAAACAACGAAACGGAGAAGCAACAAUUGCUGUACAACGCUGAUCCGAACCUCGUAGAAUCACGCAUCGUUCUGCUUAUAAUACAGAGGCACUCGGUUUAAAAGAUGCACCACUGCUAUCUAAUCGUGCCAGUCACGUUACUUGGUACACGUAGACUUGGCAUGUAACAUGGCUUCAAAACGCUACGCUAGUAUUCCAAGUGCGACGAACAAAUAUGCGGGAACCGCGCACACCAAGAUGCGACAGAGAUGAAGACUCGCCCAUAAUCGAGAGUGUUGACUCCAUGUCGGUGCAGAAAAUUUCAGCCUCUAACGGCAUGCUUGUCUCGGAGAAACCGAUCAGUGCUGACUACACGCCAGGUUUGCUGAAAGCUGCCGACACAGCGGAGGUCCAGUGGGGCGGCGAUGUGUCGAAGGUGGCAGCCUCUCGUUGCCGCCUUGCCAUCUGUGUGGCUGCCGCCUACCUCGCCAUGAUGUCUGUCGGGCUCAUGUGCGCCUACUCGUCGCCAGCGCUACCCGAUAUCCGAAAGCGGUUCAACCUCACAAACGACGAGGUCAGCUGGUUCGGCUCCCUCGUGUUGCCCGGCGCUGUGCUGGGUGGUCUGAUCGAAGGUCAACUUGUAAACCUUAUAGGCCGCCAGAAGACCAUGGUCACAGUCGCCCUGUGGUUCGUGUCUGGUUGGCUGUGUAUCAUCCUGGCCCCAUCGACGCCAUGGCUGAUGGUCGGUCGUUUUCUGACCGGUGGAGGCAUGGGCACGGCAGCGCCUGCUACUUCGGUCUACCUGUCCGAAGUGUCUCCCGCACGCAUGCGAGGCCUGUUGAACACGGGCUGCAACCUGCUCUUCUCUGUCGGUAUCCUCUUGGGCUAUGUCAUGGGCAAGUGGCUACACUACACCUGGCUCGCCGUAGCCUGCCUCGCGCCAGCUUUCGUGUGUGGCGUGGCGUUCGCUUUCUACGUUCAGGAAUCUCCUCGAUGGCUCAUCUUGAAGGGUCGUCGCGUGCAGGCCUUGGAAGCGCUGAAGUUCUACCAGGGACCUCACGUCGGUGAAGAGUUCAGCUCUCUGGAGCGUGGUGCAUCAGACAUGCCGGCUCUCACGCUAGCCGAAAUGCGAAAACCACACAUCUACAAGCCGUUCCUCUACUCCCUUCUGCCCAUGUUCAUGCAGCAGGCUGCGGCUGUCAACGUCGUGCUCUUCUACGCCAAGGACAUCUUUGACGAGGCGGGCACGUCCUUAGAAUCCCAUAACUGCUCUAUCAUCAUGGGUGGUAUUUCCGUGGUGACGUUCGCUGUGGCCACGGUGCUCGCUGACAGAACCGGGCGCAAAAAACUGAUCAUCGUGUCGGCAGUCAUCACCAUGAUUGGUCUUGGACUGCUUGGCCUGUACUUUCAUUCGAAAAGCAUGCACGGUGAAGAGUUUUCCAAAGAGAACGGCUGGUUCCCGGUUCUAGCCAUCGCCCUGUAUGCCGUGGGACAUUCUUUAGGCCUGGGCCCGCUGCCAUUCGUCAUCAUGGGGGAGCUUAUCCCGCUAAAGGCUAAAGGCGUGGCUUCGAGCGUGUGCACGGCAUUUCUUUUUGCGACAGGCUUUCUCUUUGUCAAGGAGCAUUUCGACAUUCAGAGCUUUCUGGGCGAGGCCGGUGCGUACUGGCUCUAUGGUGCCUUGGUCUUGGUUGCGUUCGUGCCUUUCGUUGUGUACGUGCCAGAGACGAAGAGCAAGACUCUGGAGGAGAUUGAGAAACUUUUCGGUGACAGCGACUCGGAGCGUGAGGGUUUCUCGAAAGCUGCGGACGAUGUGAGACUAAAUACUUUUUAGCGCUACAUUAUCUUCAUACGCUUUCGACAAUCACUGCGUAUGACAUGUCACGCGUGGAAACACAGCCUGUGCUGCCUCUCUCAAGACAUAACAAUGUGGUACAAAUGACGAGGCUAGGAAAUAUAUCCGUUUGUAAAUAAAGCGAAAAUGUUCUUUCUU